AUAGCUAAAUAAACUCACUCUUGUCAUAUAUUGGACCGACCUUCUCUUAACCAAUCACACAAUUCACAAUACCAAUUAAAAAUAAGGAGAGAGAAAAUCCCCUCAAAAAAAUGUGUGUUGAGAAGCAAACAAUAUCAUCAUCAUUACCUGAUGAAACAAAAAUGGAGGUUGAAACUGUCCAUAUUCUCCCACCAUCUCCGUCUUCUUCUUCUUCUUCUUCAAGAUUUAAGAGUGUCUGUGUUUUCUGUGGUAGUAGUACUGGUAAAAGAGAUUCUUAUAGACAAGCUGCUAUUCAGCUUGGUCAAGAACUGGUUUCAAAAAGAUUAAAUCUUGUUUAUGGAGGUGGAAGUAUUGGGCUUAUGGGUUUAGUUUCUCAAACUGUUCAUCAUGGUGGUGGCCAUGUUAUUGGAAUUAUACCCAAGACUCUAAUGGGCAAAGAGCUUACUGGAGAAACUGUUGGGGAAUUGUUGCCGGUGUCUAAUAUGCAUCAAAGGAAAGCUGAAAUGGCCCGCCAUUCUGAUUGUUUUAUUGCUCUACCAGGUGGGUAUGGAACAUUAGAAGAAUUACUGGAAGUUAUCACUUGGGCUCAACUUGGAAUUCAUGACAAGCCUGUGGGUUUGCUUAAUGUUGAUGGGUAUUACAACUCUUUGCUAAAAUUCAUUGACAAAGCUGUUGAUGAUGGUUUCAUCCAUCCUUCCCAGAGGCACAUUUUUGUCUCUGCCCCUACUGCUAAAGAACUUGUUCAGAAACUUGAGGAAUAUGAACCGGUGCAUGGAGUCUUAGGCAAGUCGAAUUGGGAGGUAGAGCAACCACAACCGCAACCGCAACAGCCACCGCAACAGCCACCGCAAGUUGGAUUCAACACUCCUCCAUUACAAGCUGAAGUGGCUAUAUAAUCGAUCAAAGUAACAAAACUUCCAAGUUUUUUUGGGUAAUUUUUUGAUGCUGAUUGGAAGAUAAGAUAGCUACAAUAGGGGAGUAAAGAAGAUUAAACUUCCUUUUGGGUCCCUUUUAUGAUAACUAUAUUAUAGCAAAUGGGAAGAAAUUUGAAGGGUAAUUUCGUAAAUUAAAGACUUACAACUUGUUAAAGUCUUUUGAGCCAAUGCAUCAAGUGCAAAAAACCAUAAAGGUUUGGUUGCUACAAAACUUUUGGCUCAUUUUUGGAACCCCCCACCUCUAAUGUUUUGCUACUUCAACAAAAAUGAAAUAGUUAUGUUAGUGUUGUUGUAGGUGGUCAAUAUUGUAUGUAAAUGAUCUAACUCUUUUAUCCUUGAAUUGUAUGUACGUAUAUAACAAUUAUAUUAAUUAUAGUAUGAAAAUGUAUGUUUUUGA